CACCACCACCAUCAUCAUCAUCAGCGUCGCCAGCGUCAUCCACGCCGCCGCUGCACGCGCUUGAUACAUGCAGUCGACGGGUCGCGAGCAGCUCUCGGUUCUCUGAAGAAGAAGGAGGAGGAUAAGUUGGAAGUGGGAGAGAAGAGAAGCUGGAGGAGCUGUGUUCUCUCUCUCUGACUGCCUGAGGAACCGAGCAGCUCACCACACAGGAGAUAGCGGAGUUAUUUCAGACAGUAUUAUUAUUGUUUUUUAUUUGUAUUGUUAUAUUAUAGGGGUGGCGUCUGUGUGGGCCGUAACCGCUGGAUGUAUAAGCGCGUGAGUCAGCGUGCGUUUGGACACACUGUGGCUUUUCCGAGGAGUUUGCGCGUCCGCAUCAGCUUGGGUUACUUUGUAGCAGCCAUAGCAGGCGAGCUAGCUACAACAUAACAGAGAGGACACACACACACAACAGCAUUUCCACUGCCAUUGGGGCUUUUUCGCCCGCUGUGGUCGAGUGAAGGCUUGAGUGUGUAGAAAGUGGAUGCCUUUUUUCCAAGAGAGCUUUUAACUAACAAACACCCAGAAGGAAAAACACAACCCGAAGACACAUGUAGCCUGAGGAAGAAGGCUCCUCCAGCUAGCUGUAGAAGAAAGACUGCUAUUCUACUGUUUUGUCUGUAUCUAUAUCUCUUUCUUUCCUCAUUCGAGCUGUUAUGGAAGUAGUUGUGAGUGAUUUUCCACCACGGUUAUGGAGUUGUUAGCUCAAACAUUCAGGACAAACCGAUGAUAUAACAAAUAUUUUCUAAUUUUCUUCAACACGCAGCGGUUUUUCUCACAACAUUCAAGGUUAAGCAGCUCUAUCCCGGAAUAUCACCAUAACACAUAUAGCUACAAUUAAAAGUGUAGCCCGGCUUAGUUAGUUUAGGUAGUUUAGUUGGCUAAUAGCUAGCAUUAGUAGUUAAGUUCUCUAAGCUCGAGUUGGGCGUCGUGGCCGUUUUGUUGGAUAGCCCAAUUCAACGGGACUGCUCAGCGCUUUCUCAAAAUGUCGUUUUUCAAUUUUCGGAAGAUCUUCAAAAUAGGCUCCGAGAGGAAGAAAAAACAGUACGAACACGUUCACAGAGACGUGAACCCCGAGGAGGUGUGGGAGAUUGUGGGCGAGCUUGGAGAUGGAGCUUUUGGGAAGGUCUACAGGGCUCAGAAUAAGCAAACUGGUGUUCUGGCUGCUGCUAAAGUGAUUGAUACCAAGACUGAGGAAGAGCUGGAGGACUACAUGGUAGAGAUUGACAUCCUGGCCUCUUGUGACCAUCAGUACAUAGUCAAACUGCUGGAUGCCUUCUACUACGAUAGCAAGCUAUGGAUUCUUAUAGAGUUUUGUGCUGGAGGUGCUGUUGAUGCUGUUAUGUUGGAGCUGGAGCGGCCUCUAACAGAGCCCCAGAUCCGGGUGGUAUGUAAACAGUCUCUGGAAGCACUGGCUUAUCUCCACGAGAAUAAGGUCAUCCACAGAGAUCUGAAAGCUGGAAAUAUUCUCUUUACUGCAGAUGGUGACGUCAAACUGGCUGACUUUGGAGUGUCUGCUAAGAACACAAAGACCCUACAGAGAAGAGACUCCUUCAUAGGAACUCCUUACUGGAUGGCUCCUGAAGUUGUGAUGUGUGAGACAUCGAAGGACAGGCCGUAUGACUACAAAGCGGACAUCUGGUCCCUGGGGAUCACACUGAUUGAGCUGGCACAGAUUGAGCCACCCAAUCACGAGAUGAACCCUAUGAGAGUCCUGCUCAAAAUAGCCAAGUCUGAGCCCCCCACACUCAUGCAGCCUUCGCGAUGGUCUCCAGAGUUCAGCGAUUUCCUGAGGAAAGCGCUGGAUAAGAAUGUUGAUCAGAGAUGGAGCACUGCACAAUUGCUGCAGCAUCCGUUUGUUUCAUGUGUGACUGAUAACAAACCUGUACGUGAGCUGAUUGCUGAGUUCAAGGCAGAGGUGUAUGAAGAGAUUGAGGAUAGCAAGGAGGAGGAGGAGGAAGAGGAGCCAGAAACGCCGAUGGAUGCACCAGGACAUAAGCGUGCACCAUCAGAGACCAGCGUUGGGAGCUUAGAAGAUGACAAGCUUUCUCAGAAUGUCUCCAUGCCAGAGUCAAUCUCUGAGGUUACUGAGCCACAGCCAGAACCAGAACCCAGCAAAGCUGAGGAAAGUAAAAGGAUCUCAGUGGUUCCUGUGGACACCAGUGAGCCUGACCAUGCUGAGGCAGACAACAAGAAAGUGGACAUUAAAACAGUGGAAGAUCUUAAUGCUAAAGAAACCAGUGCUGAAGAUGAGAAGGUUGCAAAGCCGGAUGAGAUCCAGGCUCCAGAAACCACUGCUGUGGAGCAAAUUCCUGAAGAACCAAAUGCUCCAACAGAAAACAACAUUGAGAAUCAAGAGACUGCUCUCCAGAAAGUUGUGACUGUCAGUGAGGAAACAGGAGAAGAGGAGAAGCAGGAGGUUGCGCUGCAAGAGCCUUCAGAGAAACCACAGCAGAAUGAGGAGGAAAUGAAACUGAACGAUAUGCAAGCAGAUCAAGAGAUUGAGAAGUCUGAAAUGAAUGAAAUGGAACCAAAAGCUACAACAACAGAGGCAGGAGAAGAUAGCACUGCACCUGUGGAAGGAGUUCAACAAGAGGUUAACGAUGAUCAUGUUCAUGUGGUGACUGUUACUGAAUCUGAAGAAGCUAAUGUAGAUGUUGCAGAAGAAAAGACAGAGGACUCAAUGAAGCCUGAAGGAGAGACAGAAAAGAGGGUAAAUUAUGAAAAACUGGAGGGCAAGGAAGGAGUAGAAAUCUCUGUGGACAUGCCUGCAGAGGAAGAAAGAAAAAUAGUGGAGGAAGUGAAGGAAGUGGUGGAAAAUAAGUCAAAACCAGAAGAGGACCAGCCUGAGACACCAAGGAAAACUGUUCCUGAAGACAUUCCUGCUGAGACAGAGAAGAGAGUGAAUGAAAGUGAAGAGACCUCAGUGGAUGAAACACCUGUCAUUGUAAUCAAUGGAGAAAAGGAGGAAGAAGAGUCGACACAGGGUCCAGAAACAACUGAAAAGCCUGUAGUGUCCUCUGAAGAAGCUCCAGAGGGUGAUGCGGAUCAAAGUGCAGCUGUGGCAGUUAAGCCUGAUAUUGAGAAGGAUUCUGAUUCUGGAAGCAGCUCUGCAGCAGAUACCAACAGCAUUGACAUCAAUCUUUCUAUCUCAAGCUUCUUAUCAAAAAGCAAGGAGGGGUCUGUGUCCAUACAGGACACCAGACGCCAGAAGAAGACUCUAAAGAAGACUCGCAAGUUUUUGGUUGAUGGAGUGGAAGUCAGUGUGACCACCUCAAAGAUAAUUACUGACAAUGACACCAAGAGUGAGGAAUUGAGAUUUUUUAGGCGUCAGGAGCUGCGUGAGCUAAGGCUGCUACAGAAGGAGGAGCAGAGAUCCCACCAGCAGCUCACUAAUAAACUGCAGCAGCAGAGAGAGCAACUGUUCCGCCGCUUUGAGCAGGAGAUGACUGGUAAAAAGCGUCAGUAUGACCAGGAGGUGGAGAACUUGGAAAAGCAGCAGAAGCAGUCCAUAGAGCGAAUGGAACAGGACCAUACUAAUCACCUGAGGGAUGAGGCAAAGAGGAUCAAAUCGGAGCAGGACAAGGAGCUGUCAAAAUUCCAGAAUAUGCAUAAGAAUCGCAAGAAGGAGGUCAAACAGGAGAUCGUCCAGUCCCCCAAACACAUGAGAAAAGAGCUUUCCAAACGCUUAAAGGGAGACCUAGCUGUUAUACAACAAGAAGAGGAGCAGGAGUUUCUACAGAAGCAGCAGCAGGAGCUGGAUAGUGCUCUAAAGAAGAUCAUCCAGCAGCACAAACUGGAGAUCGCCACCAUAGAGAGAGACUGCCUCAACCACAAACAGCAGCUCAUGAGAGCUCGAGAAGCAGCCAUGUGGGAGUUGGAGGAGCGCCACCUGCAGGAGAAGCACCAGUUGUUGAAGCAGCAGCUGAAAGACCAGUACUUCAUGCAGAGGCACCAGCUUCUAAAGAGACACGACAAGGAGAUGGAGCAGAUGCAGGGCUAUAAUCAGCGGCUGGUAGAGGAGAUGAAGAACAGACAGACUCAGGAGAGAGGCCGUCUACCGAAGAUCCAGCGUGGGGAGGCCAAGACUCGCAUGGCCAUGUUUAAGAAGAGCCUGCGCAUCACUGCCACAGGGACCCCAGAACAGGACAGAGAGAAAAUUAAGCAGUUUGCUGCACAAGAAGAGAAAAGACAGAAAAAUGAGCGACUGCAUCAACACCAGAAGCACGAGAACCAGAUGAGGGACCUCCAGCUUCAGUGUGACUCCAACAUCAGGGAACUACAGCAGCUACAGAAUGAGAAGUGCCACCUGCUGAUUGAACAUGAGACUCAGAAGCUGAAGGAGCUGGAUGAGGAGCACAGCCAGGAGCUUAAAGAAUGGAGAGAGAAACUUCGUCCCAGGAAGAAGGCUCUUGAGGAGGAGUUCACUCGGAAGCUGCAGGAGCAGGAAGUCUUCUUCAAGAUGAGCGGCGAGUCAGAGUGCCUUAACCCCACUGCCCAGAGCAGAGUCUCCAAGUUCUACCCCAUUCCCAGCGUACACUCCUCUGGCUCAUAACGCACAGGACUCUUCUGUAUCUCAGGCACUGGGAGGUUCUGAUGGUGGAACAGCUCAGGCUGAUGGUUUUUCUCCAGGAGGAACCUUUUGGGUUUUGAUAAAUUGAUCACAACAGCAUGAUUUUUUUUCCAGUGCAACAUUUCAACAUUUAAUGCAAAACAGGUUAAACUGUUUUGCAUUACCUUUACAUGCUGUAAGACUAUAAAUCCAAUGGAUUAACCGUUUAUUUGAGUUUCUCUAGUCUGCUGGGAGUGCUGCAUGUGACGCUGGCACAGAUUAAUGAUGGGUACUCUUGGAUUAUUUUAUCUUUGAAGAAUUAAGUUCUAAAAAUGAACAUCAGAUGUCUGUGCUGGGUCAGUGAUACGUGAUUUUUUGCAAUGUUGAGGUGAAUCUUGGAUCUUGAAAUGCUGGGAAUCACUUUAAAACAGUGAGAUUGGAAACUUACUUGUACUGCUAUGAUGUGUAAGUUAAUGCUUUAUACUUAUUACAUUAUUAAGCUGCCUUUUCUUUAAAGGCCAGAGAGACUUUGCAUUUAUUUUCUCUCUCUGCCUGUUUGAGUCUAAAUGUUUAGUCUUUUUAUAUAUAUGUUUCAGAUCAGUGUAUAUGUAUGUACAAUAUAAUAGUGCCUCUCCAUAAAUAUCAGAGGAAUCAGAGCUUCAGCCUGAUAGGCAACCCAUUUUAUUGUGGUACAAAUUUUAAUGAGGCAUAUUAAGACUAGUAACAGGUCUUUAACACUUGUAUGCAGAUGAUAUUUUUUUCAAAAUAUGCAGUUUUUCUUAAGCUUUCUGGCCGUACUGCAGAAUCAGUUCAAGGAGUGUAAGCUGGUUUGUUACUUUGUGACCUAUAUACUGUCAUACAUGAAGUCAGGUCAGGCUGAAAGACCAGCCAAAGGGUUCACAUUCCUUAUUUAUAUGUUGAAACUUCAGCUGGAUUACUAUUAAAUGUUUUUGCAAUUUCAAAAUAUAUAAGACGUGAAGGAUGUCGAUAGAGGUGAAUGUUCAUUUCAGCCUUGCGAGGGGAUGCUGCGGUGUUGUUCUCAGUACAGGCUUAGGGUAAAUUCAGUAAAAGGGUGAUCAGCGCCAGAAUGCCACUUAUUUUUAUGCAGUAGUUUUUUGGGGAAGGAAAAUGGAAAAUAAAACCCUACAUUUCAAGUUAUUUUAUUAUCUAUUUAUAUAUUGAUACAGCAGUCAUUGUCCUAAACAUACUGAUUUUUCACUAUUCCUUUUAACUAAUUAUUGUUGUCUUCAAGGAAUAAAGAGUAUAAAUUUCAAUUAUUGCCGUAAUGUAAAAGAUGGGGGGAAAAUGUUACCAGUUAUUUGAAUAUGUAAACCUUACAGUUUAUUCAUUUAUAAAGACAGCUCUGGUCUUUUUUUUUGAGACAAAAAUUCCAGUAUGAAACUUGCACAUAGUUGUUUUUUACUUUUCUUUUAAUGAAGGAUGCGGGCACUGUUAUAUAUGGAGGUAUAGUGAUGCGCUGGAUGUAUUGUGGUGUCUUCAGUUAUAAGAACAUUUCACUGUGGCUGUGUUCAGACUACAGGAGAACUGAAUUUGUUUCACAGGUCAGAUCUGUUUAGAUUGCUGAAUGCACUGUUAUUUGCAAGUGAUCAGAACGGAUUUGUCUGGACAUCACAAACUUACCUGCAUGGGUUUCUGUGGUAUCGAAUUCUCCACUCUUUUGGGACCUGUGCAGUUUAAUCACUCUGGAUUUGACGAGGUCAUUGUUGUAUUUACUAUGACAAAAAAAAUUAAGGAAAUGUAUUUGAGUAUUCAGACUGAAAACAAAUAAGUUGGUUUCUGGCAGUGCAGGCUGAAAAAUGAAUCUCAAUACAAUAUAGAUAUUGCAAAAAUCAGAAUUGGGCUGGCACUCUGAACAUAGCCUAAAAUACAACACUUGUUUUUAACUUGUUUUAAAUUCAACCCUAUAUUUAGGGCAGUCACUUCCCAUUCCCAUGUUCACAUACUGCUUGCAGAUGCAGUCUGCAUUUUGCUGCAUUUUAAAUUAAGAGGCUGCAUCAGUCCUGGCAGGGCUGCUCACAGCUGGAGAGCAUGCAGACUGCUUGGCAGGUUUGUUACAUAGCAACAGAGGAAAAGGCCAAAUGAGGCCUCAGAGUGCUCUGGGUACAGCAGUAUACACUGCACAUCUGGAACACAAACCAAGCUGUAAAGAGCACAUUAAAAGUGUCACAGUUUCAGUGGAUAUCAAAUGUGGAAAAAUGCAACAAUAUGGAUACACAGAUUUUGUGUGAUUAUGCAUUUACAUGCACUUCAUAUUUCACCUAUAAACAUUUCUGCAGUUAUCUUAGAUACUCAGCAUUCUUCAGAGUAUGGACGAGAAGUCUGAUUAAUAAAUCUGACAGAGAGCUGGAUUUAAUCGAUUUUCUCGGCAGACGUUAGCUCUUAACUGGAAUAUUUUGAUUUUUCUGUCUGUGAAUGUGUGAAAACACCAUGGUACCUGAACUGAGUAUCUUAUCUGAUUACCCAAGUUUAAUGAAACACGUGGAUCAGAUUCCUGACAAACUCCAAUGAUCUGCAGUAAUCAGAUUAUGUGCAUGUAAUCACACUCUCAUUUACUAUAUGAGAAUCAGUUUUUAUUACAUGUAUAUGUUUUCUUAUUUCAUAUUAAGUUCUAAAUUUGUGCAAAGAAAAAAAAAACUUUCAAAUGUUACGUCCUCCUGCCUCCUGCAUGCUGAAAUCCUGAAUGCUGGACUGGGCUGGGAUUAAGAGCUGAAUGGAGCGUGCUCUCUUUAAGUCCCAAUGUACUAGCAGAUGACUCCAGAUGCCUUCAGAGUUUAUUAAGCUGCAGACUGAAAGCUGCGCCACUCAGUAGGAAGAAUAUAUUCCAGUAGGUACAGGGUGAAAUAUUAAGGUUUACUCUGCUAGACAUUGACACUUAAAUUCUUGCGGCACUUUGUUGAAAUGUCUGAAGUGUUUUAAAAUCAAUAUGGCUGCUGUACCUCAUGGCCUACAUUGAUUUGACAUGCUGUAAAUAAAAGCCUCCCAUUGUA